AUGAGGAUGAAGCGUAUAGGGAUUUCUUUGAGGUUGAUUCCCCCUAGUAGUCAAGAUUGGGUUAAUGUUAGGGUGUUUAUAAAGUUUUUGAAGAAUUAUUAUGAAGCGACAAAGGUAUUUUCUGUUUCAACAAAAGCAAGCUUGCAUACUGCUUUUUCGUACUUGGCUGCCAUUUACAUUGAGCUUAAGAAAUUAAACAUGGACCUUAAUGGAUUGUUUGCUGAGGUGGCUAGGGACAUGUUGGAAAAGUACAGUAAAUAUUGGGUUGAUAUCACUAAGAUGAACCAACUCCUUUAUUUUGGUGUUAUCUUUGAUCCCUGGUAUAAGUUAAGAUGUGUAGAAUGA